UAGCAUUCGAGAGCAACGCAUGCACAGAUUGGGAGUGACCAAAAAGGGUCGUAGCUCUUCCUCGAGAAAAACAAAAGGGUCGUAGCUGAGAGAACAAUGGCUAGGCAACAAGUUGCUUCCAUGCUUGCAGUUGCUCUGAUCAUCGGAGCAUUUGCCUCUGUUCCUACAAGUGUGCAAUCCAUCGGCGUCUGCUAUGGCAUACUGGGCAACGACCUCCCGUCGAGUAGCGACGUCGUGCAGCUCUACAGGUCCAAGGGCAUCAAUGGGAUGCGUAUAUACUCCCCCAACAAGGCGGCCCUCGACGCCCUGCGCGGCUCGGGAAUCAGCCUCGUCCUCGACGUCGGCAACGACAAGGUCGGCGAGCUCGCCGCCAGCCCCUCCAACGCGGCGUCGUGGGUGCAGAACAACGUGAGGCCCUACUACCCGGCCGUGAACAUCAAGUACAUCGCUGUCGGCAACGAGGUCCAGGGCGGCGCUACGCAGAGCAUCCUCCCGGCCAUGCGGAACCUCAACGGCGCCCUGGCCGCGGCCGGCUUCGGCAGCAUCAAAGUGUCCACGUCGGUGAGGUUCGACGCGAUCGCCGACUCCUACCCGCCCUCCAACGGCGUGUUCGCGCAGUCCUACAUGACGGACAUCGCGCGGUACCUGGCGAGCAUCGGCGCGCCGCUGCUGGCCAACGUGUACCCCUACUUCGCCUACAGGGACAACCCGCGCGACAUCAAGCUCAACUACGCGACCUUCCAGCCGGGCACGACCGUGAGGGACGACGGCAACGGGCUGACCUACACGAACCUCUUCGACGCGAUGGUGGACGCCAUCUACGCCGCGCUGGAGAAGGCCGGGGCGCCGAACGUCAGGAUCGUCGUGUCGGAGAGCGGGUGGCCGUCGGCCGGCGGGUUCGCGGCGAGCGUGGACAACGCACGGACGUACAACCAGGGCCUGAUCGACCACGUCGGCCGGGGCACGCCCAAGAGGCCCGGGGCGCUGGAGGCGUACAUCUUUGCCAUGUUCAACGAGAACCAGAAGACAGGGGACCCAACGGAGAGGAACUUUGGGUUGUUCUACCCAAACAAGUCGCCCGUGUACCCAAUCCGGUUCUAAGACCUGAGGGACGGAUCGAUUAAUAUCUAUCAAUAUAUGCACGAAGAAGAUGGAAGCUACAGAUGCAUCUUCGCCUAAAUAAGCUGCAUGAGGAGCGGUACGAAUAAAGUGUAAGUGUGUAACGUGCACGUACAACUAUGUUAGGUUGCAUGUGUAUCCUUCACAUAGGACUUCAUCACGGAAAAUAAUUAUAUGGGAUGUGAUCUAAUAUAUUUAAGAUCUGAAUUUAAUUCAUAACAUGACACGGUAAUUUAU